AUGGGCUGUGCACCUAGCGGGCCUUCGUAUACGAAGGGCGGUACUCGAUUAAUGGCCACGAAGCUUGCUUUCACCAAGGGUCAGCUGCAUAACCUGAACGUAUAUUUCCGCAAACUGCUCGACGAGGCUCAAAACGAUUCUUGGGGUGAUUCCACGAUCGAAGCCACCGUAGAAGGAUUGGUUCAACGUUUGAUGCUGGCUGUUGGGGAUCUCGAUCGAAAAUUUUCAUCCGUGUUUCUCGUUUCGUUGAACGAGCCUCGACGGAUAAAGUGUCUCAGGUUCGAGUACCUACUGCGAAUAGACGCUCUAUCCGAGCCAGCCGCAAGUUCCGAGCUAGAGGUCUCGAGGGUAAGCGUGGAGGAGGAUGCGGCUCUGCCAGGCUUUAUUCGGUUAAAGAUACUCGGCGCUGGGGCGGACCACUGGCGAGAGUACACGGAUGCUGCAGGAAGAUUGAGGAGGGAUCUAGUGAAAGCGAAAUUAGCAAAUUUGUUAGCCACGGCCAUUAAACUAGCUACCUCUUCAAUGGACGACGAGAUUCCCGUUUCGCCGGGCCAAGUCGUCGACGCCGAGGUGCUGGACAAAAUACUGAAGCAACCGAUCCACUGUAGGAUAUUUUACGGGCCAGGUAACGAUCUUAAAUUAUCGGAUCACCGUGUGGCUCUAAUAGAAGACGCUGGAGGAAUACUACUCAGAAUUGGAUUGGAUGGAUGCAAGACUCGCGAGGCAGAGGUCAGGCUAUUAAUCGGCAUCGGUGUGUCGUGCUGGCCCAGUUUGUCGGACUAUCCUAGAAGAGUGCCCCUUCAUCACUGCGACGCUAUUCUUCAUUAUACCGCGGCGCAAAGUGGUAUGUAUGCCGUGGCUGUUGGACCAUACACUGGUGCACGCUGCGAGGAUCGAGUAACUCUCUGGGGAGUACGUGUUCCAGCAGCGGAGAAAAUUAUGAGUCAACACUAUGCCACCGACAGUGUACCCGCCCUGACGGAAUCUCUGCUCAUAGAAAUCUUGCACCAGCUGCGCGAGGGACGCCCCUUGAAUCCACCGGUCAAAUCGAAGGCAGGACGGAAAGGCGGCUCCCACUCGCAAGAUCAGCCACGAGUGAUUUCCAGGCAUAUCGUGAGGACGGUGCACCGGUGGUCUCUGGAAAGAGCAGGAGUAGAUCCUCUGACGAGUUGGUCGCCCGAUACUCUCUCGCGUCAUGUUCUUUCAGCGCUGGACGAGUUGGUCGGUGCUCUGAGAUGCCAGAACCUAAGGUGUUACUUUCAGCCGCGGUGCAACGUGAUGCUACAAUGCGCGAGAGGUGGAAUAGUGCAUCACGAGGGCUCUUACGUCUCGGACUCGAGGCUGUUGGAAUCUUAUCUAGAAACCCUUCAUCAUCGUUCCGUUUCAAUGACGGAAGGAGUACCCAGACCUCUAGAAGUUAUGGAGAGCGAGCUCAUUGUCCGGUGGCGCGACGUCUUGGCUUCUUUGCCUAGGGGAACGACUGACGCGAAUUACGGAUACAGCUGGAGGCAACUGGAGUAUUUAAACCUGAUCUUGGAGCAAGUGUUACGAGCAAAAGACGCCUCUUUACAGGACUGGUGGCACUCGGAUAACUGUACGUACCUGAAUUUCCCGGAUAUAUCGCGUCACACAACGAAACAGCUGGAGAACCUUGUGUUCCUGCUGAAAUUAGUUACGACUCAAGCCAGGGAUCAGAUCCGCGCGAUGAGGAACCAUAGGACGUUUGUUCGCGAUCACCGUAAGGUAUUCAGAAAGAGGAAGAAUUACAACACGACCAGUCAGUUUGAUUACUCGGUCGGGCUGUUGAUCGACGCAGUCAGAACGGACAGAGAAACCGCCAAUACGGAUCUAGAAGGUUACCUCAUAAUGGCGAAAAUGCUACUACAAUGGUUACACUUUGCAAUGGACUACGACAGAAAAUAUUUAGAGCCAGUUCUGCGCCCGUACCUGAACAACCUCUUUAACAGCCUUCGCGAGAACGGUUGGUUUGCGAACCCUUGGAAGUGUCGACAAGAGAUUUACACUUCCGAAAUGCAGUCGUUAUCCGCGUUUUGUAAAUCCGUGAUAACCGAGCAAGUAUCGCCGGCCGUCGGGAUCGUCGACUAUUUGUCCAAGGGCUGGCGAUGGGCGGAAAGUAUGACUAAGAUGAUCGAACGUUCGGGAAAUUCUUUGAAAUUGGUCCUCCUCUCCCGGGACAAAGUGUUGAGGUAUAAUUUGACGUUCGCCGAAAACAAGGGACUCGGUGCUUUCUCCGAGUGGAGCAAGGCGAGGAGAGUCAGCACGAUUGCCAGGAGAAGAAGAAUGAAUUCGAGGGCCAGCGAGAUAAUCGAGUAUCUGACGGAGUCCCACGGAACGUCUGGAGGAAAGAACGGCAUUGCAGGACACAUAGAGCUGAGGGAUGUCAGCCCUUUGACAUACGUCGCGUCGAUGAGCAGGUUGCAGGCUCGACAACGCGGACCGGGAGAUUUGAUCUCGGCCAUGAUCUCGCUCGGCAAAUUCCGGAUUUUGCAAGAGCUGACGAGCGUUUUGCCGCGGGAGGAGCAGGCGGCCAUGUUGGAUAUGGUGCAGCGAGUCGCCAGGGAAUCGUCUCGCCGGUGUAGGAAGACCAGCAGCCUGGACGCGACGAAUUUGCCCAGAGAAAUCUAUAGACCGAGACCGGAUUCGGAUCUCCUGGAUUCAUCGCUGCGAUUAUCGCCCGGCGGUAGCGAACGGCGAAUCGUAGCGGAGCAUCAGAAACAGCUCGAGAAAGAGAUGCAGGAAAUGCACGACACUUUGAGACGCAAUGCGCUGACGAGACACCGUCCUUCCGUUUGGGACACGUACUCCGUGUCUUCCUGGAGCUCCUCGAUCGAUUCUAUCGCGGGGACAAUAACGCUCAGGAAAUAUCGCGCGCCGAUAUGGGACGCCAUCAAAGGAAGCUCGCCGGCGCGGGCCGGUCACCCCGCCGCGGAUCGUAAUAUCGCGGAAAAUAAAUUCGACGAGAUGAUCAGCCGCGAGGAGUCGCCGAUCUGGAGCACGCUGGACUCGCGACGAAUCUUCGACGACUCCGGCUCGAAGAAUGGAGACGAAUUGCCAUCUUGGGAGACGCUCGAGGCUACGUUGAAUAGAAGGCUGUGUAAUUACGGCAACGCCCUAAAGGAAUCCUUCGAGAUAGACGAAAGUGUCGGAGGAAGCUGCGCGGCAAUAUCACGAGAAUGAUCGUAGCACGGAACAGUAGGUGGUUCGAGGUAGUGCUGUUGAUCGACUGGGAACAGUUCUAAGGCGGAGGUCACGCAUGGUCAGCACGCUAAACUGAGAAGAAAAAUUCGUACAAAUGUAUUGAUAAAAUAUUUCAAGGCGAUCGAAGUCUGAGGUGGGUCCCAAUA